GCUCGUGUGUUGGAACUACCAGCCAGACAGAACAAUGUGGAUACCAUCAACACGAGGACCGGCACCGUACCCCUCCCUGCUGACAAACAGAAAGAAAUGAAGAUGAUCAACACACGCUGGGUACAGGUGUCUAAAGACCUGCCUGAGAAGCAGAAGCAGAUCGAGAGCUUGCUGAAGGAGCUGUCUCACUUCCAGGACCAGCUGACUUACCUCUCCUCGUGGACCUCAACCACCAGGACCACCCUAGAGGAAAACCCUGACAAUGUGGAACCCAAGCUCAUAGAUGAAGUCCAGGUCAAGAAGCCUGAGGUGGAGGGGGUGUUGGCUAAGGGCCAAGAGUUGUACAAGGACACGCCUCCCAGCCAACCAGAGAAGGCGAAGUACCACAGUCUGAGUGAUGAUUGGAGGGCCAUUCAGGGGCAAAUGAUAGUACACCGAGAGAGGCUGGCCGCUCUGAGGAUCCAGAAAACCACCAUUGAGACCCUCCAGGGAGACGCCCCAGCCCUGGCUCAGUUCAACAAGGCCUGGGCAGAGCUCUCUGAUUGGCUAUCCCUGCUGGAUCAGAUGGUACAGACACAGAGGGUGACCGUGGCCGACCUGGACGACAUCAACCACAUGAUCGUCAAGACCAAGGGAGCACUGGGGGACAUGGAGCGGCGGCGCCCCCAGCUGGAGGGUCAGCUGACUGCAGCCCAGAACCUGAAGAACAAAACCAACAACCAGGAGACACGAGCUGCUAUCACCGACCGCAUUGACAGGUUGCAGACCCACUGGGAGGAGUCACAGGGCAGACUGGCUGAUAGACAUCAACAGCUACAAAACAUGCUGCAGGACUCCUCUGAUUGGUUGGACGCCAGGAAGGAGGUGGAACCUCUCAUCAAACGAGCCAAUGACAAGCUGGAGUCGUGGCAGGAUAUUUCCUACACCAUGGAUGCUCUGAAGAAGCAAAACACUGACCUCAAGCUGUUUGUGAAGGAGCUGCACCAGUGGCAGGGUCAGGUGGACGUGACCAAUGACCUGGCAGGGAAGCUGUUAACCCUUUACACCACCGACCACACGCACAAGGUCACACAGAUGACCGACGCCAUGAACGUUACCUGGGAGCACAUCAACAAACGUGUCGGGGACCGUGAGGCGGCUCUGUCAGCUGCUCUGAGGCUGCUGCAGCAGUUCUACCUGGAUCUGAAGGAGUUCCUCAACUGGCUGACGGAGGCAGAGACCACCUGUAACGUCCUGCUGGACGCAUCACACAAGGAGAGGCUGCUGGAAGACCCUGAGGCUGUACGACACCUGCUGAGGCAGUUCCAGGACCUUCAGGGGGAGAUAGAUGGCCACACAGAACUGUACCACUCUCUGGAUGAGAAUGGUCAGCGUAUCGUGACCUCUCUGACCGGCUCAGACGAUGCCGUACUCCUACAGAGCCGACUGGACAACAUGGGCCAGCGCUGGGACGAGCUCCGCAGCAAAACCAUGAGUAUGAGAUCUCACCUGGAAGGGGAAAUGGCUCCAUGGAAGCGGAUACACAUGACCCUUCAGGAGCUGAUAGCCUGGCUGCAGAUGAAGACUGACCUGCUGGAGCAGGAACCACCAGUAGGGGGCGACGUCCCUGCUGUGCAACAACAGCUGAACACACACAGGAGCUUCAGGAGAGAUGUGAGGGCCAAGGGCCCGGUGGUUAACGGGGCUCUGGACCAGGUUCAGAUCUUCCUGUCUGAGCUGCCUGCUGAAAGGGAGCCACAGCUUCUCCAGAGAGACAUCAGUCCAGAGGAGCGUGCCCAGAACGUGGGGCGUGUCCUGCGAAAGGAGGCGGAGGAUGUGGCGUCCGGGUGGGAGGGGCUUAAUGAGGAGGCUGCUGAUUGGCAGAGGAGGCUGGAGCUGGCUCUGGAUAGGCUGUUGGAGCUUCAGAAGGCCCAGGACCAGCUGGAGCUGAGGCUGAGCCAGGCUGAGAUGGUGAAGGAGGCCUGGGAGCCUGUAGGAGACCUGCUCAUAGACUCACUACCUGAACACAUCGACAGGGUCAAGGCGUUCCAGGCAGAGAUAGCUCCUAUCAAAGACGAUGUGAGUCACGUCAACAACCUGGCCUCUACCUUCGGGCCUCCGGACCUCGUCCUCUCACGACCCAACCUGGACAGACUGGAUGACCUCAACACACGCUGGAGGAUGCUACAGAUCUCCAUCAAAGACCAUCUGAAGCAGCUGACAGAUGCUCAGAGGGAUUUUGGCUCUCUGCAGGGUGAGUUUCUGUCUAGUUCUGUUCAAGGUCCAUUUGAGCAGGCGGUCUCACCCAAUAACGUGCCCUACUACAUCAACCACCAGACACAGACAACAUGCUGGGACCAUCCCAAGAUGGCCGACCUCUACCAGUCUCUGGCCGACCUGAACAACGUGCGUUUCUCAGCCUACCGGACAGCCAUGAAGCUGAGGCGCCUGCAGAAAGCUCUCUGUCUGGACCUCCUGGGUAUGCCCGCAGCGUGUGAGGUCUUUGAGCAGCAUGGCCUGAAGCAGAAUGAGCAGCUGAUGGACAUCAUGCAGGUGAUGACGUGUCUGACCAGCCUCUAUGAGAAACUGGACCAGCAGCAUGGGAACCUGGUCAACGUCCCGCUGUGUGUCGACAUGUGUCUCAACUGGCUACUCAAUGUUUACGACACGUACGUAUAG